AGCCACGAGAAUUCAAACUCCAGAGCUGCUCUUCAAGGAAACAGGCUGCUGUCAUCUGCAGCUGCAUCGGGAACCUGUCACUCGAAUGGACUGGUCCCUUUGAAAUUGUAAGUAUAAAAACACCCAACAAGACUGACAACAGCUCUUGUCACCAUGAGGUUACUACUUCGUGCCAAGUGUUUUCAGUACCUGGCAAUUCCUGGUUCUGUGCGGGCACUGCAUAAAGAUUAUAGAACAGCAACACCUCAGAAUUUCUCCAACUAUGACUCCAUGAAACAAGAUUUUAAGCUGGAGAUUCCAGAGUAUUUCAACUUUGCUAAUGAUGUCCUUGAUCAAUGGACAAGUUUAGAAAAGGCUGGGAAAAAACCUUCCAACCCGGCCUUCUGGUGGAUAAGCGGAGAUGGAGAAGAGGUGAGGUGGAGUUUUGAGGAACUGGGAUCUCUGUCCAGGAAGUUUGCCAAUAUACUUACAGAAGCCUGUGCGUUACAAAGGGGAGAGAGAGUCCUUGUGAUUUUACCCAGGAUCCCUGAGUGGUGGCUUGCAAAUGUGGCCUGUCUGCGGACAGGGACAGUUCUGAUUCCAGGAACCACUCAGCUGACCCAGAAAGACAUCCUGUACAGACUACAAUCUUCAAAAGCAACAUGCAUUAUUACGGAUGACACCCUAGCCCCAGCAGUAGAUGCUGUUGCUCUUAAGUGUGAAAAUCUGCGCUCCAAAUUAAUCGUGUCUCAGAACUCCAGAGAGGGGUGGGGAAACCUCAAGGAGAUGAUGAAACAGGCCAGUGACAACCACACCUGUGUGAAGACAAAACACAAUGAGAUGAUGGCCAUUUACUUCACCAGUGGAACAAGUGGACCUCCUAAAAUGAUUGGACACACCCACAGCAGUUUCGGUUUAGGAUUAUCUGUAAAUGGAAGGUUCUGGUUGGAUUUAACACCAUCAGAUGUGAUGUGGAAUACCUCAGACACAGGCUGGGCAAAGUCUGCCUGGAGUAGUGUUUUUUCUCCAUGGAUCCAGGGAUCAUGUGUCUUUGCACACUAUUUGCCCCGUUUUGAGCCAACUUCCAUCUUGCAAACACUUUCCCAGUUUCCUAUCACCGUGUUCUGCUCAGCACCGACUGCAUACCGAUUGCUUACACAGAAGGACAUGACAAGUUAUAAAUUCAAAAGUUUAAAGCACUGUGUAAGUGCUGGGGAACCAAUCAACCCUGAAGUGACUGAACAAUGGAGAAACCACACUGGACUGGAUAUCUACGAAGGAUAUGGACAAACGGAAACGGUACUAAUCUGUGGAAAUUUUAAGGGAAUGAAAAUCAAACCUGGCUCAAUGGGGAAGCCUUCUCCUGCCUUUGACGUCAAGAUUUUAGAUGCAAAUGGUAAUGUUCUGCCUCCUGGACAAGAAGGAGACAUUGGAAUUCAAGUUCUACCUAACCGACCAUCUGGCCUUUUCACUCAUUAUAUAGAUAAUCCUUCAAAAACAUCUUCGACUCUCCGAGGCAAUUUCUAUAUCACUGGAGACAGAGGUUAUAUGGAUGAAGAUGGAUAUUUCUGGUUUGUUGCAAGAUCAGAUGAUGUCAUAUUAUCCUCUGGGUACAGAAUUGGACCAUUUGAGGUGGAGAGUGCUCUGGCUGAGCAUCCUUCAGUUGCAGAGUCAGCUGUUGUGAGCAGCCCAGACCCCAUCAGGGGAGAGGUGGUAAAGGCUUUCAUUGUUCUGAACCCUGAAUACAAGUCACAUGAUCAAGAACAACUGAAAAAGGAGAUCCAGGAGCAUGUAAAACAAACCACAGCACCCUAUAAAUACCCCAGAAAGGUAGAAUUUAUUCAAGAGCUGCCAAAGACCAUCAGUGGGAAGAUAAAAAGGAAUGAACUAAGGAAGAAAGAGUGGAAAACAAUUUAAAAUCAUUCCAUUAAUAUAGUGUCCAAACAUGGUACUUAUAAAUUUGCAGAAGUCACAAAAUUACACAGAGGCGAUACAAAAAUGUGGCAAUAAGUUUAUAAAUUGUUUUAAAAUAUCUUGUGGUUAUAUUAAAGGCUGAAUUUUGAAAUAAAACAUGCAGUAAAUU